AUGGUUUCGACAAGCAAGAUCAAAUCUGUUGAUUUUUACAGGAAAAUUCCAAGAGAUUUGACAGAGGCAUCGCUAUCAGGUGCAGGAUUAUCCAUAAUAGCAGCCCUCUCAAUGAUAUUUUUAUUUGGAAUGGAACUCCAUAGUUAUUUAUCAUUAAGCACCUCAACAUCUGUAAUUGUUGACAGGAGUACUGAUGGAGAUUUCUUACGUUUUGAUUUUAAUAUCAGCUUUCCAGCCCUUUCAUGUGAGUUUGCUACGGUUGACGUGAGUGACGUCUUGGGAACUAACAGGUUGAAUAUAACCAAAACAGUCCGCAAGUUCUCCAUAGAUUCAAAUUUAAUGCCCACUGGUGCUGAGUUUCAUUCAGGACCAGUUUCACAUGCCAUUAAGCAUGGUGACGAAGUUGGUGAGGAAUCUGAUGAAGGCUCUGUGAAACUAAAUGCUCAUAGUUUUGAUAAAUUAACACAUCAGUAUCCUAUUCUGGUUGUCAAUUUUUACGCUCCUUGGUGCUAUUGGAGUAAUCGACUGAAACCUUCUUGGGAAAAAGCAGCCAAGAUAGUUAGAGAAAGAUAUGAUCCAGAAAUAGAUGGGCGUAUUAUUAUGGGGAAGGUUGAUUGCACUCAAGAAGCUGAUUUGUGCAAGAGUAAUCACAUACAAGGUUAUCCGUCAAUUCGCAUAUUCCGCAAAGGAAGUGAUGUUAGGAAUGACCAUGGACACCAUGACCAUGAAUCUUAUUAUGGAGAUCGGGAUACAGACAGCCUGGUUAAGGCGAUGGAAAGUUUGGUUUCACCUAUACAAAUGGAGUCUCAAAAGCUAGCUUUGGAGGAUAAAUCUGAAAAAACAGCAGAAAAAGUGAAAAGACCAGCGCCACGGACAGGAGGAUGUAGAAUUGAAGGCUAUGUGCGCGUCAAAAAGGUUCCAGGCAACCUUAUCAUCUCAGCUCGCUCAGGAUCACAUUCUUUCGAUCCUUCGAAAAUGAACAUGUCUCAUUUCAUAUCCCAUCUCUCAUUUGGUAUGAAGAUCUCACAUAAAAUGCUGGAUGACGUGAAGCAUUUGGCACCUUAUCUUGGUCAAAACCAUGACAGGUUGAAUGGCCGGUCAUUUAUUAAUCAUCAUGAUGUUGAUUCAAAUGUCACUAUAGACCAUUACCUUCAAAUAGUUAAGACAGAGGUGUUUGGGAAAGGUGAUCAUAAGCUAAUAGAGGAGUAUGAGUACACAGCGCACAGCAGUUUGGUGGAGAGCGUAUAUGUGCCUGUUGUGAAAUUUCAUUACGAGCUAUCUCCCAUGCAGGUUUUGAUCACAGAAAAUCCCAAGUCCUUUUCACAUUUCCUUACCAACGUAUGUGCCAUCAUUGGGGGUGUUUUCACGGUUGCUGGGAUAGCGGAUUCAAUUCUGCACAACACAAUUAGAUUGAUGAGAAAAAUAGAACUAGGCAAAAAUUUUUGACAGGAAGGCCCAAAGUUGCCAAGAUAGAAGUUUGAUUGAAACAUUCCAUUAGCUGUUGAGGAUUUAUACCAUGAACAAUCAUAUAGAUUAUUGGUAGUACAUAAUAUGACUUGAAAUAGAAUUCUCUUUUGUUCCAUUAUGUUUGGUAAUCGGUUCGACUUGCCGUCAUGGUGGUUUGUUUGAUGUAGACAUGCCAUUGCUUCUUGCAAAGGCAGCACCAAGACUGAUAUUAUACCCAGGUUUGUGAGAUGGAAGAAGACUGAAUUAGGCA